UCAUGAAACUUGUCUCUUAUAUGUUGUCUUUGUUUAGAUUUUUUUCACGUUAUCUAAUGAAUUUCUAAGUAGAUUUGAUCUUAUUAUGUGCAAUCAAGAAAUUUAUUAACCUGCCUUGUCUUGCAAGAAAACUAGAUUUUGAUAUCGAAGCAUAAUAGAUAGACAUGGGAGGUGCGGUGACGAAAUCUGGUGCUCAAGAAUGGGUUCCAGAGACAAAGCUAGAGGCCAAGAUCAAAGAAGCCGUGCAACGCAGGGCAUCGAAAGGCACCACAAUGAAAUCUUUCAACAGUAUUAUCCUCAAGUUCCCAAAGAUCGACGAGGGUCUAAGAAACUGCAAAGCCAUUUUCCAAGAGUUCGAUGAGGAUUCGAACGGGUCCAUAGAUCACUCGGAGCUAAAGAACUGUUUCAGGAAGCUAGAGAUCAUGUUCGAAGAAGAAGAGAUAAAUGAUUUGUUCCAGGCUUGUGAUAUCAACGAGGAUAAGGAGAUUGCGUUUACUGAGUUCAUUGUGCUUCUCUGCCUUGUCUACCUUCUUAAGGACGACUCAUCCACUCUCCAAAAGAAAUGGAGACUGGGAAUGCCGAAGCUGGAGCCAACGUUUGAGACGCUAGUGGACACGUUCGUGUUCCUAGACGAGAACAAGGAUGGACAUGUGAGCCGCGAGGAGAUGUUCAUAGCCAUUGAUGAAUCUGGAGAACGUUCCUCCGGGAGGAUUGCAAUGAAGAGAUUUGAGGAAAUGGACUGGGACAGAAAUGGAAUGGUGAACUUUAAAGAGUUCCUGUUCGCAUUAACUCAGUGGGUUGGGAUAGAUGAGAAUGAAGAUGAUGAUGAUGAUGACGACGAUAACAAUGACAAGGCUUGAUGAGUUUGCAUAAUGUAGUAGUAACAAACUUAUACUAGUUGAUGUGUUUAUGUUUUAAUGCAAACAGAAUAAUUCAUUACCAAAACACAAAACAUUAUAUGUUUUUACCCAAAAUUAAGCAACAAAGCUUAUCACUAGUCUCCACUGA